UAUUUCUUGUAUCAGCUUCUCCGUGGGCUAAAAUACAUACAUUCAGCGAACGUCCUUCAUAGAGAUUUGAAGCCUAGCAAUCUCUUAGUGAAUGCUAAUUGCGAUUUGAAGAUAUGUGACUUUGGGCUGGCUCGUACUACUUCAGAAACUGAUUUUAUGACAGAAUACGUUGUUACAAGAUGGUACCGUGCACCAGAACUUCUCUUGAAUUCUUCAGAGUAUACGGCAUCAAUUGAUGUAUGGUCAGUUGGUUGCAUAUUUAUGGAACUCAUUGACCGGAAGCCAUUAUUUCCAGGGAGAGAUCACGUGCAUCAGUUGCGUCUACUUAUGGAG